GCCCUUUCUGUUCACCGUUUAGCGUGGGUAAUACUCAGUGACGGAAAGCUACUUUCAAAGUCAGUGGGCUUGCGGCUUCCAAGUCAUUCUCUAUUUUUUUUCUCAUUCCCAGUCGGCUGCCAAUUCUUGAUUUGUGCAAAAGAACAUUCAAGAUUUCGUAUAACUACAAAUCACCACACGACAGCGUGGUCACUGCCAUAAAACCCCUCUUGGAAAGAAAAGCGUCCCCGUCGCAAGCCAGUCUUGCGCGGCAAACCGAGGAAGCUCAAAUACCAAAUUACUAUCUACUACAAUCGGCCGAUACUAGCGACAAUCUUUUCGUAGCCAACAUACGCAGUGCUGUAACUUGGGCAUCAUCAUGUCCAAUGAAGCAGACGUCGCCGAGGCGGCACAAGGCAAAGCCGAUAGGCGCUCCAAUGUUUCCCCCGCGCCCACGCAGUCCAAGAAGGAGAAGAAGCGUUUGCAACUAGUUGAGCGUCUACAAUCGCUAUCCGAGCAAUUCGACAUCAACAGGGAUAGAGAAUACCGGGAGAUGCUCAGCAAGAUCCAGUUGGACACGGCACUCGUCAUGCAGGUUGAUCCGUAUGCGGCACAGCCGCUGGCAGCUAUCGACAAGUCGCAGAGCAUGAGCGACAGUAUAAAUCCUCAGCUUCGCGGUGCGACAAUAUUGGAAAUGGCCGGUCCCAAAUUUCAAGAAUGGGUGAACACCAUUGAGGAUCUCGUAGAGCGUCGUGACUUUGAGUUGACUCGUCACAAGGACGAGUAUGACAUGAAGAGUAACGAGCACAGGAAUGUUUACAUAUACAAGUCCGAGGUCGCCAAGCGGGAACACAAGGCGCUGUCACAAACCCUGCGCGACCGGCUGGUCAACACGAUCAAUUCCAAAAGAGCUCGCCUGACCAAAGAAAAGGAGGCGUUUGAGAUUUCAGACGCAUCUGCUCUUCUAUUACACCCGAACCAGUAUUCGAUCGCAAACCCAUCUAGCCCUGGUGGUACGCAUACCAAGAGGGCUACAAGACUUCGUCAAACAGCCGACGAGGCAGAUACGAGGAAGCGAAAGCGGAAUGGCGGCGGUGAUGACGAUGGCUCGCCAGCUCCACAGCGUAGAGCUCUCGAUAACAAUAACACCACUGCCAUGUGGCAGAACGACCGUCUUACCACACGCAGAGUGACGGGCCCGAUUUACAGCAUCGACAAGCUUUUCACAGAUAAAGAGCUGGCGAUGCAGUACAACGCUGCAGCGCUCGCUGCUCAUAAAUACCUGCUCACGAGCAAGUCAAAAGCAAGUGGCUCGGGUCUGAACGGAUCACCUGACGAUAGUGACACGGGCGAGAAUGAGGAUGGUGACCAGGACAGCAGUGAACACGGCCAUUCGGCGCCCAUGAUGGAGCGGGUUCCGUCGCAUGCAACAAGGAGUCGUGGUGGUGCCAACGCUUCCAAUUUUAUAGACGAGAAGAUCGUCGGUCUCGAGGCGCUCACCAACUUUGAGAUCCCUGGGAACCUAGAGAAGAUGGCAGCGGCGGUGCCAAAGCUGCCACCGGUGUUCCUUGCCACCUAUGCCAAGUCCUACAGCAACAAAGAUGGCAAUACUCCGACAACGCUACCACCCGACGAAGUUAACUCGGACCUGGCCGUGAUGAACAUCCUGAAGCAGUAUGAGAACAUCCACGGGGUGGGCUCUAACCUCGAUAAUGCAAACGGCUGCCGCAAAGUCCUCGAGGCAACAGCAUUCUCGGUGCGCGAUGAUAGGUACGCCGUGUACCUCGAUGCCCCCCGUCAUUCCACAGCCGAAGACUUACGAUCCGAUUUGAAGCUUCCUGCAACAGCAUCGGCACUAUCUAACACGCGAGGCCCCCCAACACCGAAUACAAAGGCGGGCCCGACAUCGGCCCCUGGAGCCAGCCCGAUGAGCCGACAAAGCAGUCAAGGUGGCGUAGCAAUGGCCAGGCAGGGCAGCAACACCAGAUCUCAAAGAAGACGUGGUGGACUUUAGGCGGCCUGGGAUGGCGAGUUUGUUUUGUUGAGAUAGAGUGUUUUUUUUUCUCUUUCUUUUUUGUCCGCCGUGCCCCUUUUGGGUUUGCGGCAUGGAUUGUGACGAACACAAGUGUGG